AUGGAUUUACCGUGGCUGGACCUCCCCUUCACCUUCCUCACGCUGCUCUUGGCCACCCGCCUGGCGUACGACUACUACGGCGUCGUCGCCGCCACCUUCGCCGGCAGCUUCGCCCUCCAGAUCUUCCUCUUCUACUGCUUCGCCCGGUGGUACCGCCAUACCAUGGGCGCCCGCGCCGAGCUGCUCCCGUCGACGUCGCAGCAGCACGACGACGGAUCCCCGCCCGUCCUGACCCCGCUGCUGGAGACGUCGAGCGGAGCUGGCGCCGCCGCGGCCGCGGGUGCCUUGCUGGCCAACCGGUGCCUGGCCUUCGUGUUCAUGGUGUUCGUCCCGCUCAUCAUCGUCGUCUUCGAGCGGAGCCAGGCGGACGUCGUCGCCUACGCGCUCUGCCUCGCCAACAUAGUCGUCAUGGUCGUCUGGCUCUCGCCGGAGACGCCCGACUCGAUGUCGGCCACCAAGUCGUUCCUGGGGCUCAGCGACGACGAGGACGAGGAGAGCGGCUGCGGCGGCAGCCCCGCCGGCGCCGAGGACAAGUGCUGCGUCUGCCUCGCCGGCAUGCGGGAGGAGCAGGCCCUCCGGGACCUGCCGCGGUGCGGGCACCGGUUCCAUGAGAAGUGCAUCGGCAAGUGGCUCAAGACCGGGCACCCGACAUGCCCCGUGUGCCGGGCGUUGGUCUUGCCACCGCCGGCCGUGCACGCGGACCCGCUCGAUGACUCUGUUAGCCCCGUCUAG